UUGGGCGGGGUCAGAGGCCGGGGAAAGUGCGCAUGUGCAGAGAGAAAACAGGUACGAUCCCCUCUUAGUCGGAAGCAACCUCGACCAGGACUAGAAACUUGGUUUGGCACCGGGGGAAAGACGAGGGAAAAGGGACCCCACCAUGAACGCCAUUGUGGUCCUUUGCCACUUCUGCGAGCUGCAUGGUCCCCGCACGCUCUUCUGCACCGAGGUCCUGCACGCGCCUCUUCCGCAGGGGGCAGGAAGCGGAGACAGCCCUGGGCCGAGCGAGCAGGCCGAGGAGGAGGAAGGCGGCAUUCAGAUGAGCAGCCGGAUCCGCUCGCACAGCCCGGCAGAGGGGGCCAGCGCAGAGUCCAGCAGCCCAGGGCUGAAGAAGUCAGACAUGUGUGAGGGCUGCCGUUCGCUUCCCGUGGGGCACCCCGGAUAUGUCAGCCAUGACAAAGAGACCUCCAUCAAAUAUGUCAGCCACCAGCAUCCAAAUCACCCCCAACUCUUCAGCAUCGUUCGCCAGGCCUGCGUCCGCAGCCUCAGUUGUGAGGUGUGCCCAGGGCGUGAGGGCCCCAUCUUCUUCGGCGACGAGCAGCACGGCUUUGUCUUCAGCCACACCUUCUUCAUCAAGGACAGCCUGGCCCGCGGCUUCCAGCGCUGGUACAGCAUCAUCGCCAUCAUGAUGGACCGCAUCUACCUCAUCAACUCGUGGCCUUUCUUGCUGGGGAAGAUCCGAGGGAUCAUCGACGAGCUGCAGGGCAAAGCGCUGAAGGUCUUCGAAGCGGAGCAGUACGGAUGCCCACAGCGUGCCCAGCGAAUGAACACGGCCUUCACACCUUUCCUGCACCAGCGGAAUGGAAACGCGGCUCGGUCUCUCACCUCUCUGACCAACGACGAGAACCUCUGGGCUUGCCUUCACACCUCCUUCGCUUGGCUCCUGAAAGCCUGUGGCAGCAGGCUGACCGAGAAGCUGCUGGAGGGUGCGCCCACGGAAGACACGCUGGUCCAGAUGGAAAAGCUGGCCGAUCUUGAGGAAGAAUCUGAAGGCUGGGAUAACUCUGAGGAGGAGGAAGAGGCAAAAUCUCCAAGCCAAGCCGAUAGCAGAGAAGGCCACGAGCUGAUCAAGAGUCCAACGGAUUCUUCUCUUGUGGUGGACUGCAGUAGCUGGAAUGCGGCACCCAGACAUCAGUCUGUCUUCCGAUCUCUCCGGCACUUGAGACAGGUCUUGGGGCCAUCGGCUUUCCGCACAUUGGCCUGGCAUGUGCUCAUGGGGAAUCAGGUCAUCUGGAAAGCGCAAGACCAAGACCUCGUCCAGUCUGCUUUUGAUGUCCUGCGGACCAUGCUGCCCGUCGGCUGCGUUCGCCUCAUCCCUUACAGCGACACGUACGAGGAGGCGUACAGGUGCAACUUCCUGGGCCUCAGCCCCCAGGUGCACAUCCCGCCGCACGUACUCUGCUCCGAAUUUGCUGUUGUUGUGGAGGUCCGCAGUGCCACGAGGUCAAGCCUCUAUCCCGUCCUAUUUGAUGAUGAGCAGCCCCUCAGCAAAUACGAAUUUGUGGUCACGAGUGGGACCUCUGUGGUAGCCGACAGAGUUGGCCCCACCAUCCUGAACAAGAUGGAAGCUGCCCUGACGAACCAAAACCUCUCUGUGGACGUGGUGGACCAGUGCCUCAUCUGCCUGAAGGAGGAGUGGAUGAAUAAAGUGAAAGUCCUCUUCAAGUUCACCAAAGUGGACAGCAGGCCCAAGGAGGACACCCAGAAGCUGCUGAGCAUCUUGGGAGCUGCCGAAGAGGACAAUGUGAAGCUGCUGAAGUUCUGGAUGACUGGCCUGAGCAAGACGUACAAGUCACACCUGAUGUCCACAGUUCGCAGCCCGACUUCUUCAGAAUCCCGAAACUAGCCUGGUGCGCCUUGAUUGUGCCUGGGGAAUUCCUUGCCUGAACAGUUAACCUGUGCGGUUUCCACAUGGCGGAAAGGCGUAGGGUUCUUGAUGCUCCACUCCUGAGGAAUGACUAGGCCCGAUGCAAGAGGACUGGGAAUCCUCAUGGGCUCGCCAAUGUGUACAUUAAAUAUUUUCUGAAUGACGGAACACACGAUCUCCUCUUGAAACACGCACAUUCUGGUCUGCUGCCAUUUAACAGGGGCCUUCAAGCACUCGCCAUCUUGUUUGAAAGCUGUUUAGUGGAACCUGGAGUGUGAACAGGCUUCGGGUGUUGCUCCCUUUGACACGAACUUGGAGCAGUGGCAGUUUAGCUGUGCGAGUUCAGGCUUUAUCACACCAGUCUACAGUUAGAGCAUCCCCAUGCCUUUUGAGCAUAAGACUGGAUGCGUCCUAUGAAUUUGUCCUGAAUCAUACUGAGGAUGGGUUAUUAUUUAUAAAAUGUAGCACUUGAGGCGGACUUCCUGCAAUACCUGUGCAUCUAUAAAAAAGGAGCCUGGCACUUUUGUGUGGGUGAGCUCCUGGGCCAGGAGACAAAUGCCCAGACUGGGCUCGGCUCUCGGAUGUCUUGAGACUCGGUCAGGCUUUCUCCAGAAAUAGGGUCCUGUUAGCCUCCUGCAGUUUUACCCCAAAAUGGUCUGAUGCUUGACACUUCAAACAAAACCAGACACUCUUGAUCUUAGAAAAUAUUUGUCAGUAAUAGAUGGAAAAGAAGCAAAAAAUAAAACUGUAAAACUACUGUAUCCUUAAAAAGUGGUAUUAUCAGAGGAACAAUUUCUAUUCCUAAAUUUCUUCUGUUUUCCAGAAUUUAGAGUGCAAUGCAGCCAAAGUUACCACAAAAUUAAAUGGAGCACGUUUUAAGCAUGUGCUUAAUUCCCUUCCUCUGGUUUCAGUGGGACAUGGAUGGAUUGUGGCUCUUUUUUGCUACAGGAACAGAUCGCUCAGUGCUGUGGUAAAUUCAGAAUCUCCCAGUGCUCAGUUCAUAAGUUUUUCCGGGGAGGUCUUAAAUAGGCUUUGCUACUGCAGGAAUUGCACCUCCGACCGGUUGCUGUUACAAAUCUUGGUAAUGUAAAACAUCUUGGUAAAGUAUGGUUUGUUGAAAAUGAGAGAGUAUUUUUUACAACAUAUAUAAAAACAAAACAGGUUCAAUUUGUCCACAUAUAUCUCUGUUUCUGAUAUUUCUUACUGUAUUGGGAAAUUGUAGGGAUAAUGGACGAGCUCUACAAAUUUGGCAGGCAGACAAAACUUGAAAAAAAUCCUAUUAAAAUGAGAAACAUGGAGAGCCUCAGUUGUUGACUUCUCUGUGAUAAUUGAUCCACUAUUUUUAUCUGUGUGUACAGUUAAGAUUUUUAAUAUAUCUAAACUUGUCUCCUGUGAUAGAUUUGCCUAAGAAAAAUAACUUUCCCUUGUAGACUUUAGCUUUAUUUAAUGCACCUGUAAAAUGCAAACUAAUAAAAGCUUUUUACCACCAAAA